GGUAUAUAGCAGUAAGGUAUUGGCAACCGCGAUCGUGUCAACAACGUUGUACAUUUUGAGGUUAUUCCCGUUACACUCAUCCUUCCAGUUCUUCAUCUUCAUCACCUCAAUACCUUUAUAGUUUCAUUUGCUUUUGACAAUUGGAAUAAUAGUGCAGCAAGGAUGAAAUAGAUUAUAAUUUCUAAUAAUCAGAAGGUUGAAAACAUCACGUUGAUCUUCAAAUCGAUAUCGCAAUGGGAGAAGACAGCGAUAGCGUACCGAAAAAGCGGUACAGGAAAAGUGAGAAAAGCAGGAGUGAUUCCGAUUCUGAUGACAAUUAUGUGCCAUACGUACCUGUUAAGGAACGGAAGAAGCAACAACUCAUGAAGUUAGGGCGGUUAGGACAACUGAAAGAAGAAGGGAGUAGCGGCAUAGCGGGCAAAAGUAGUAGUGAAAAUGAGAAAGAUGACGGUGAGGAAGACGAUGGGCAAGUUUGGGGACGAAAAUCAAAUAUUUCUCUUCUUGAUCAGCAUACCGAAUUGAAGAAACUGGCAGAAGCCAAGAAAGAAAGCGCCAUGGAGCGACAGCUGAAAGAGGAAGAAAAGAUUUUGGAAAGCGUAGCUGAAAACAAGGCAUUGAUGGGUGUAGCCGAAUUGGCAAAGGGUAUUCAGUACGAAGAUCCAAUAAAAACGAGUUGGAAACCACCCAGAGUGAUACUUGCUCUGGGCGAGGGACGUCACGAAAAAGUCAGGCGGAAGCUUCGAAUUUUGGUUGAGGGUGAUGAAGUUCCACCACCUUUAAAAAAUUUCAAAGAAAUGAAAUUCCAUAGAGGAAUAAUGCACGGCUUGGAACAAAAAGGAAUCGUCAAGCCUACGCCUAUUCAGGUGCAAGGAAUACCCACAGUAUUAUCAGGUCGUGACAUGAUUGGCAUUGCGUUUACCGGUAGUGGUAAAACUCUCGUGUUUGUUUUACCCCUCAUAAUGUUUUGUCUCGAGCAAGAAGUAGCGAUGCCCUUUACACGGAACGAAGGUCCAUAUGGGCUGAUAAUAUGUCCAUCCCGUGAAUUGGCUAAACAGACGUACGACAUAGUUCAACAUUAUACUACUGCAUUGAGGAGCUCCAACUGUCCAGAAAUUCGAAGCUGUCUUGCAAUCGGUGGAGUGCCAGUUUCCGAGUCGUUGGAAAUCAUCAACAGGGGGGUGCACAUAAUGGUGGCUACGCCCGGUCGAUUGAUGGAUAUGCUUGACAAAAAAAUGGUCAAGUUGAGCGUUUGCCGCUAUCUGUGCAUGGAUGAAGCGGAUCGUAUGAUAGACAUGGGUUUCGAGGAGGACGUUCGUACGAUAUUCUCCUUUUUCACUGGUCAGCGACAGACUCUCCUUUUCUCAGCAACGAUGCCAAAGAAAAUUCAAAAUUUCGCGCGCUCCGCUCUAGUCAAACCAGUUACGAUAAACGUUGGACGUGCUGGCGCUGCCUCGAUGAACGUUGUCCAAGAAGUUGAAUACGUCAAACAGGAGGCUAAAAUUGUUUAUUUGCUCGAAUGUCUACGCAAAACGACACCUCCCGUGCUCAUAUUCGCUGAGAAAAAACAGGACGUUGAUGCUAUUCACGAGUAUCUGUUGUUGAAGGGAGUCGAGGCUGUUGCCAUUCACGGAGGAAAAGACCAGGAAGAGCGUUCACGGUCCGUCGAAGCUUUUCGUGCCGGUAAAAAAGACGUUUUGGUCGCCACAGACGUCGCUUCGAAAGGUCUCGAUUUCGCGGAUGUUCAACACGUUAUAAAUUACGACAUGCCGGAUGACGUUGAAAACUAUGUUCAUCGUAUCGGAAGAACCGGUCGAUCCGGACGAACGGGAAUAGCGACUACGUUUAUAAACAAAGCGAACGACGAGUCCGUACUCUUGGAUCUCAAACAUUUGUUGAUGGAAGCGAAACAACGAGUUCCACCGUUCCUUCUAGAAUUGUGCUCGGAAAACGAGAAGUACCUGAACUUGGGAGACGAAAGAGGUUGCAGUUACUGCGGUGGUCUCGGUCACAGGAUUACCGAGUGUCCGAAACUCGAAGCAAUCCAAAACAAACAGGCCUCGAAUAUCGGUCGUCGCGACUAUUUGGCCAGUAACGCUGCUGAUUACUAAAUAUUUCAUUUUUAUACAUUGCUCAACUUGUAAAUAAAUCGAAAAUCAACUGUCUUAUAAAAAAUUGUGUCAGCCGGCUGUUACUUCAAUAGCAUUUUGACCUCGGUUUAUGGAGAGUAUUCACGAUUCUCGUUUGGAUGAGCGGUUCCAUCGAUUGGAACGUUAUUUUCGCUGUCCUUACUGAAUUUAUCCUUAUCAGAUUUUUAAAGCUUAAAUGUGCUCUUAUUUUUACCAGGGUGUCUAACGACCUGAAAAGUCAUGAAAAUUCUUAAAUGUCAUGAAAUUACACUCGGACCUGAAAAAAUCAUUAAAUGUCAUGAAAAAUGACCAAACAACCUGAUUUUUUAAGAUCUCUGCAAGGCUCAUUGUCAUUGUCGAUUUUUUGGUUUUCUUCAACAUGAUUUCAAAAUUCGCGGGGUGGCGACAAUGUCUGGUUCGUCAAUACUCAUCAUCGAUAUAAAAACGAAUAUCGAAUGAAUAGUUUGUAAGAAAAAAAGAUUCUUUAUUUCAAAAUAAAAUAUCAUUUCUUUGUUAUUUUUAUUGAAUUUUUUUAUAAUUAAAAGAUGAAUAAAAAGUAUCAGAACCAUAAGAAAAGUCAUGAAAAAUUCCUGUUCCUUGACUUAAAAAGCCUUAAAAGUCAUGAAAUUUCUGUUCUGGUCAAAAUUAGACACCCUGU